GACCCAUGCGAAGAAACACCCUGCUUGCCUCCAGGGUGCCCUGGGUUUCUUGGGCUUCGAUGCUUCUGCGGUGGAAUGCGCGACGCUUCCGCGCCAGACAGCAAUGGACGUCCUGGGGUCUCGGGUUUGAGCUUCUCGUGGCAUGUUUCUUGUGGACUGGCCUCCGCUGUGUGUCACAGCCGGGGCCUUCCCUGCCUCGCCCGUGCCUCCGCGCCACCGACACUCUUGCCGGGCUGGACCCCCGCGGAACGCUGACGGUGCGCAAGAGGCACGGAGGCGUCCAGCGUUUUGCGUUCCAGAAGGUGUCCGUGGGCUCCGACGAGGGGCCAGCGUCCGCGACCGCGUCCUACGCUUUCGAUCAUCCCACCGAUGUGCUUCAUGGGGCUACUUCCGAGUCACUUUACGUCGACGACGUCGACAGCAGCGCGAUGAACCUCAUCAACGGGAAAGCCCGCGAUGAUGUCAGGAAGGCGGAGGAAGCCAGGAAGGCCGCGGAGGCCAAGAAGGCCGAGGAGGCCAAGAAGGCCGAGGAGGCCAGGAAGGCCGAGGAGUCCAGGAAGGCCGCGGAGGCCAAGAAGGCAGAAGAGGCCAGGAAGGCCGAGGAGUCCAGGAAGGCCGCGGAGGCUAAGAAGGCAGAGGAGGCGAAGAAGGCAGAAGAGGCCAGGAAGGCGGAGGAGGCCAGGAAGGCCGCGGAGGCUAAGGAGGUCGCGGAGGCCAAGAAGGCCGAGGAGGCGAGGAAAGCCGCGGAGGCCAAGAAGGCCGCGGAGGCCAAGAAGGCAGAAGAGGCCAGGAAGGCCGCGGAGGCCAAGGCAACGGAGGCCAGGAGGGUCGCGGAGGCUAAGAAGGUCGCGGAGGCCAAGAAGGCCGAGGAGGCGAGGAAAGCCGCGGAGGCCAAGAAGGCCGCAGAGGCCAAGAAGGCAGAAGAGGCCAGGAAGGCCGCGGAGGCCAAGGCAACGGAGGCCAGGAGGGUCGCCGAGGCUAAGAAGGCUGCGGAGGCCAGGAAGGCCGAGGAGUCCAGGAAAGCCGCGGAGGGUAAGAAGGCCGCGGAUGCCAAGAAGGCCGAGGAGGCGAAGAAGGCCGAGGACGCCAGGAGGGCCUUGGAGGCUGAAAUCAAGGCGGCGGCGGCGGAUGCACAGGCCAAGGCAAAGGCAGAGGCAGCCGCCCAGGCGGAGGCAGCGUCGAAGGCAGCAGCAGAUGCUGCCGGACGUGGGGCUGCUGCCGUCGGCGAUCCACACUUGCAGAACGUCCAUGGUGAGCGAUUCGACUUACUGCAGUCCGGUAAGCACGUUCUGGUUCAUAUUCCGCGGGGGGAGCUUCCCGAGAAGGCGCUGCUCCGAGUAGAGGCUGAGGCUCACCGACUGGGAGGACAGUGUGCAGACAUGUAUUUCCAGGAGCUGAACAUCACAGGGGCGUGGGUGGAGGCGGCGAAGGCAGAUGGUCUCAGUCUGGUGGAGGCGAAGCAGACCAGUGGUCUCUUCUUCCAAGCUCGCGCUGGGCAGCACGACGAUUCGCAUUGGCUGAAACUUGGGAGGGUCGAGCUGAAAGUUGUCCACGGGCGUACGGAGCAGGGCCUCCUGUACUUGAAUUUUUAUGUCAAGCACCUCGGGCUCAGUGGGUUUGCUGUCGGAGGGCUGCUAGGAGAAGAUGACCACACUGAGGCAAUGACGCCUUCGGAGGCAUGUGUUGAGCGCCUUUCACUCAUUCAAAGCGCGAAUGGGAAUGAUCAUCGUGCAUUAGCCUCGGUCGCGGAGGCGAGCUUAGACUGACGGCGUGGUCCCAUCUCCAGGGCAUGUUUCUGAGUUCGCUCUCGGAGUGCGGAACGCAAUUCCCGAGUUCUCGGAGCAGAUUCGCUUCUGGACGCCUUCCGACUGCGGAGCCGAAAUAGAUCGAGAGAGGGAGGAAGAGAUAGAGACAGAGACAGACAGACAGACGGACAGACGGACAGACAGACAGGCAGACAGACAGGCAGGCAGUCAGGCAUGCAG